CCAGACGCCCUCUACUAAUCCAGCCCAUUUCGAACUCUCUCUAGACGCUUCCUCGGUCUCUCUGUUCACCGCCGCCCCGUACCAUACUCCUCUUCGCGCCGUAGAAAUGGCGCUGCCGAAUCAGCAGGGCGUGGAUUACCCCAGCUUCAAGCUCGUCAUCGUUGGCGACGGUGGAACUGGUAAAACCACAUUUGUGAAAAGGCAUCUUACUGGCGAGUUUGAGAAGAAAUAUGAGCCCACCAUUGGUGUUGAAGUUCACCCUCUGGAUUUUAGCACUAACUGUGGCAAAAUUCGCUUUUAUUGCUGGGACACUGCUGGGCAAGAAAAGUUCGGUGGCCUUAGGGAUGGCUACUACAUUCAUGGUCAGUGUGCCAUCAUUAUGUUUGAUGUCACUUCUAGGCUGACAUACAAGAAUGUUCCGACAUGGCACAGGGAUCUGUGCAGGGUCUGUGAGAACAUCCCCAUUGUUCUUUGUGGUAACAAGGUUGAUGUCAAGAACAGGCAAGUCAAGGCCAAGCAAGUUACAUUCCACCGGAAGAAGAACUUGCAGUACUAUGAGAUUUCUGCCAAGAGCAAUUACAACUUUGAGAAGCCCUUCCUUUACCUCGCUAGGAAGCUGGCAGGGGAUCAGAACCUUCACUUUGUUGAAGCUGUUGCUCUGAAGCCACCAGAAGUGCAGAUUGAUAUGGCCCUGCAGCAGCAGCAUGAAGCUGAGCUUGCAGCUGCCGCUGCGCAGCCCCUCCCCGAUGACGAUGAUGACCUGAUCGAAUAGAUAUGUUAUACAUGGCCCUUGUUGAUGACUCUUGUUAAAAAUCUGUGGUGGUUCAAUCCUUGUUAGUGUUAGGCGGUACCUGAAUGUUCUCUUGAUGUAUCCGAAGAGUUGAGAAGGAAGUUAAUGACUCAGUAUCCUGUUGGCUUGUUGACUUGGUUUUUUGGUGAACCUGUCCUUGAGGGAAUACAGAGGUAUUGUCAGGCA